AUGGUUGUUGACACAACCUACUACGACGCAUUAGGUGUCAAACCCGAUGCCACCGAACUAGAGAUCAAAAAAGCAUAUAGGAAACUCGCCAUUACAACUCACCCAGACAAGAAUCCUGGAGAUGAGACGGCCCACGAGCGUUUUCAAGCUGUCGGAGAAGCCUAUCAAGUCCUAUCUAACAAGGACACCCGUGCUGCAUACGACAAAUAUGGAAAGGAACAAGCCAUGCCGAGAGAGGGCUUUGAAGAUCCCGCGGAGUUCUUCUCAAUGAUAUUCGGUGGUGAUGCCUUUGUCGAUUUGAUCGGCGAGUUGACGUUGCUUAAAGACCUCACCCACACAAUGGAUAUUACAAUGGAGCAGAUGGAGGAGGAAGAACUUGCAAAGACGGCCGAGGAAAAACUGAAUGUCCAUGACGCCAAAGAACAAGAGGCCACUGCCGCGACAACAGCGGGUAUGAGUGCGAAAGAGGCUGAAGCCACAGCACAUUCUACAAACGAUGCUGCAUCCCCUCCGCCUCCACCUCCAUACGUUGGCGAAGAAGCAUCCAGCUCGACGGCAGCUCACGGCUCCGGCACCUCCACGCCUCGACGAUACCUUGGUCAACAAGCCAUCAUGGACAAGUCUGAAGAGGACGCACGAAUGGAUGCAGCGGGGCUCUCGCAAGAGGAAAAAGACCUUCAGAAAAAGAAGAAGAAGGGGGGGUUGACGAAAGAGCAGCGGGAGAAGCUCGAAGCCUAUGAGCGCGAACGGCGCAAGGCCCGCGAGGAGCGUGUCGACACCCUUGCCAAGAAACUGGUCGACCGCAUCUCGGUGUGGACAGAGACCGACAAGGGCCCCGAUGUGACCAAGGCUUUCCAAGAAAAGACACGACUCGAGGUCGAAAACCUUAAGAUGGAAUCCUUCGGCAUUGAAAUCCUUCACGCGGUCGGCCAGACAUACUUACAAAAGGCGACGAGUUUCUUGAAGUCACAAAAGUUUCUCGGCAUAUCGGGCUUCUUCAGCCGCUUAAAGGACAAGGGCACGCUCGCCAAGGAGACGUGGAACACGAUCUCCACAGCCAUCGACGCACAGUUGACCAUGGAGGAAAUGGCCAAGCUCGAGGAGAAAGGCGGGGCCGACUGGACCGACGAGAAGAAGGCAGAGUACGAACGCAAAGUGACGGGAAAGAUCCUCGCUGCGGCGUGGCGGGGGAGCAAGUUUGAGAUCCAGGGCGUGUUGCGCGACGUCUGUGACAAGAUCCUGAACGAUAAGACCGUCAGGCUGGAGAAACGAGUCGAACGCGCCCACGCCCUGGUGCUAUGUGGUACCAUCUAUCAAAAGGCUGAACGUGACCCCGAUGAAGAAGGCGACUUUAUGGCCUUUGAGCAGCUCAUGGCAGAAAGUAUGAAGAAACAAGAAAAGAAAAAGGAAAAGGAAAAGGACAAGGACAAGGACAAAGAGUCUUCUUCGAAACGCCAUUUUGGACAUAACCACUCCAGCAGUCCCGGCACGAGUACGCCGUCAUAA